GCGCUGUCAGCUGUCAGGAGCUGUCAGCCCCAGCAGGGUGAUCGUCCCGGGGGCAGCUGUCACCAUCCGCUGUCAGUGUCGGUGCAAGGCCAGGAGGUUAUUUCUGUAUAAAGAUGGAAUCCAAAUCCAGGAGCUGGACGCUGCUGGGAACAGGGGUGAAUUGACCAUCCCCAGCGCCAGACGGGAAGACACAGGGUUCUACAACUGCAGAUCUCGCUCCAGAUUGGAGCCGGAGCCCCAUGAUUACCUGCAGAUUGUUGUAACAGAGCUCAGCUACCCCGAACCCUCCAUCUCCCUGAGCCCCAGCAGGGGAGUCGUCCUGGGGAGAACUGUGACCAUCCGGUGUGAGUGUCGAUGUCAGAAAGAUACGUUCCUCAUGUAUAAACUUGGAAACCCGGAUGUACGGCGCUGGGCAGAGACUGUUGGGGACGUGGCUGAGUUUACCAUCCACAACGUGAGCCAGAGACACACAGGGAGCUACAGCUGCCAAUAUAGCCCCAAAUCGGACCCCUCUGUCUGGUCGCAUCCCAGCGACCCCGUGGAGCUGAUGGUAGCAGGGGGAACUGACCCGACUCAGCUGGUAACGGCACCGGCUCCGACCCACCCAGGCAGUGUGUGGCCAGGUACUGAGGCUGGGGGAAGGAAAUCGCCAUCAACUCCCCCAGAAACAGGUGGAACGGAACCAAGCGCAGCACCGGAGCUGAGCAGCUCUGUCAUCGCCGGGGUGAGCGCGGCGGCCGCCAGCCUCCUCUUUCUCCUGGGCAUCCUCUGCCACAGAAGAACCCGAGGAAGGAAAGGACCAGCACCAAGAGAGAGCAGAGAGUCCAAGGCUGCAGCCACAGUCAACACCCUUGUGGGCCAAGGGAAGCAGCUGGAUGUCCUGGAGCCUGGGACCGAGGGACUCACCUACGCUGAGCUGGACUGCCAGAUGCUGCAGGCCAAGCAGGGGGGGCCGGCCCCUGCCCCCGAGCCUGUCCUGUACGCCGCCAUCAACGUGAGCUGGGGCCCCCACGGGCAGCACCCCCGGGCCGCAGGGGGCACCCUCCCCCCACCCCCAUAGUGUGAUCCUGGGGGGAAGUCACCCCACACAGAGAACAGAUUACGUGUAUAGCCCCCCCGGAACCCCUCCAACAGCUGGUGCCACCCCACCCAGCCCCACAUGUGGAGGGUCAUGGGGGUUCAGCACCAGGGGAGGGACAGGACGCAGCAAGGAGGCUGUUUGUGUUAUUUUGCAUCCUGUUAAUCUCCAGAUUUGUAAUAAACACAGAACCACAAACUGCCCCCCUCAGGUACCCCACAGCCCCCCUGUCUCCAUGCUGGCAGUGUGUGUCACACCUGGGGCAGACAGGAUCGCUUCUCCCAUUUUCCAGGCGUGCCCCUUACCCAGCUGCUGGAUAUAACUUGAGGGCUGGGUUAGGGGCCUGCCUGGGACAUGGUAGAAGUGGGGGAACGGAAACCUGUGACCUAAAAUUGGGGUUGUCGGAAAUGAGGCUUCAUUGGUGGAUAAAAUAUUGCGGGGAUGGGCUGUGCCGUCCACCACCUUUGGGGGCCUUAAAGAAAGAGACUCACUUCAACAUCCUGGCUGCCAGCCCCCGUCUCCUGGGCCCCCCGGGCUGUCCAGACCCUGCUCCACGGAGACGUCCUGAGCAGAGCGGCUGGAGAGAGGGACCCCAAUGCCAUCGCCCCUCCCCCGGCUGAACCCCCAACCCGGGAGGAAACCGGGUCGGACUUUAACAGCAGCCGCAGCGACGCCGGCUCCAGCCCAGCUCCGCCAGCUCCUCUGCCCCCCAGGACAGUCGCUAGCGUCUCCGGGGCCAGCGGGGAGAUGCCCAAACCUGGGGGAUUUUCCAGCUAGAGACUCGCUCCAGCGAACGAGGCCAGGGCUGGAACAAACCCCUCGUUUCACACGGCGCCAGCCAUGGCUCCCCUGGUUCCUGCUCUGCUGUAACAGCCAGUCCCAGGGAUCAAUGGGGGGUUGCCGUGGGGCUGAGCAGGCUGCGGGCUCUGGACCCUGCCCCCGGCCCGUGUUUAACCCUGUUCAGUGUGGGGCGGGGGCUGGGGCAUGUUUGCACCUUGGCUCUUUAUUGCAUCUCCAUGAACACAACAGGACAGAGAGUGAUUUAGCCUCUGGCUCUUCUGGGCCCCCCCAUGGCCGGCGUUUGGGGGGAGCCAGAUGCAGGAGAGCCAGGAGUUUGAGGGAAGUAGGUUGAGGGUGUUGGGAGGGGGGUUGAGGGCAGAGGGGCUGGGAUGGGGAACAGGAGUUUAAGGGCAGACAGGCUCCCCCUGCAGAAGGUCAGAGCUGGGGGGGGCAGGAUUGUUGGAGGGUCUGAGGAGGAGGGGAAGGCAGCACCCCCUGAGUACCCUCUGAGCUGCCACUUCUAUCCCCAGCAGUCUCCCCUGUCACUGCCCCCUGCUCAGCCUCCCCCCCAUUCCAGCCCUCUCAGCCUCAGGGUCCCCCAUUUUCUUUUCUGUCCCCUCAGUGUUCUCCCCACACAGUCACCCCUUCUCCUCUGUAGCGGUGGUCCCAGUGGGAGCUAGCUGAGGUCACUCCAUCAGGGUGAACUGCAAACAGACUGAGGUGGACAAACCCCACAAGCUGGUGGAUAUUCCAAGAUUUAGAUUUCCCAAGCCAGCACAAAACAGCUUCGGUAUCACCUUCCUGGUUACUCAGAAGUCCAAACAACACAGUUCCCUUAAAGUGCCCAGCCUCAGGCCUCCAGCCAGUACCCACGUCAACAUAUGAUGUUGUCAUAAAUAUAAAGGGAAGGGUAAACACCUUUAAAAUCCCUCCUGGUCAGAGGAAAAACCCUUUCACCUGUAAAGGGUUAAGAAGCUAGGAUAACCUCGCUGGCACCUGACCCAAAUGACCAAUGAGGAGACAAGAUACUUUCAAAGCUGGAGCGGGGAGAAACAAAGCUUUCUCUGUCUGUGUGAUGCUUUUGCCGGGGACAGAACAGGAAUGGAGUCUUAGAACUUAGUAAGUAAACUAGCUAGAUAUGCGUUAGAUUCUGUUUGUUUAAAUGGCUGAGAAAAUAAGCUGUGCUGAAUGGAAUGUAGAUUCCUGUUUUUGUGUCUUUUUGUAACUUAAGGUUUUGCCUAGAGGGAUUCUCUAUGUUUUGAAUCUGAUUACUCUGUAAGGUAUUUACCAUCCUGAUUUUACAGAGGUGAUUCUUUUACUUUUUUUCUUCAAUUAAAAUUCUUCUUUUAAGAACCUGAUUGCUUUUUCAUUAUUCUUAAGAUCCCAGGGUUUGGGUCUGUGUUCACCUAUGCAAAUUGGUGAGGAUUUUUAUCAAGCCUUCCCCAGAAAAGGGGGUGUAGGGUUUGGGGAGGAUUUUGGGGGGAAAGACGUUUCCAAGCGGGCUCUUUCCCGGUUAUAUAUCUGUUAGACACUUGGUGGUGGCAGCAAUAAAGUCCAAGGAAAAAAGGAAAAUAGUUUGUACCUUGGGGAAGUUUUAACCUAAGCUGGUAAAAAUAAGCUUAGGGGGUUUUCAUGCAGGUCCCCACAUCUGUACCCUAGAGUUCAGAGUGGGGAAGGAACCUUGACACUUGCUAAUAGCUUUUAGCAAAGAGAGCACACCCAAUCAGCCAGUGAAUUCUCUUAAGCAAGAGAUGUCAGGGUUUGAUCCUUCAGGACAAGGAAGAAAGGAGAGACCUUAAUUUUGCAAAGGAGAGCCACGAGUUAACCCUAAAAGGCCCAAACCCCAGUGGUAUUGAGCCAAAGGUGUGGCAAGACAAACAUGAUUGUAGAUGGAUACUUGCAAUGAAUUUGUUGUUGUCGCUAAUGGUAAUUUUUGUAACUAAUGUAUUGCUAUUACCAAGAACUGUAAAAAUGUCCAAUGUGCCUAAUCUUUUGAAAAAACCCUUGAACAUGUUAAAAGAAAUACAUGAAAACACGCUUUGUUAAAAGGCCUUGUUAUGCUGAUGUUUCACAGUUAAUGCCUGUAAAUGGUAUUGAAACUUUUCACAGGGGAAAAAACAUUCCAGACCUGAUGUGCUGUAUGAAAAGGGAGACUGAGGCACACUACCAGAUUACUUUCAUGGCUAAAUGCCAAGAUUCCUAUUGUAUGGACAACAUUAAUAUCUACAUUGUCUUGAUAUUAAUUGGGUUCCAAACAUUUGUCAGAGCUUGUAUGGAUAAAGUCGCUAUGUUCUUUAGCUCUUGGGAAAAUCACGAGACACACAGGAACCAUGCUGCAAGAGCAGAUCCAAUCCACUAUUGUUCUACCUUGAGUUUGUAAAGAGAUUCAAUCAUGUUAUUGAACAUGACUUUGAUAAAUCAUUUCCGUUAUACGCUGGUACGGCUUCUAACCCAAUAUUAGCUGUAGUAAAACAGAACCAAGGAUGGGGAGCUCUUGGGAUGCAGUCAGUGAUGUUUGUGUCAUCCCUUCUUGCAUCAAUUUUGCGUUGGGGUGGGGGUGGAGGGGUGAGGUUAUUCACAUAACCUGUGACGGUAUAGAUCAUUUUUGCAACCACUGUUGUAUAUUUAGAGCAAAUAUAGUACAAAGGUUGUUGUGUAAGAGGUGCUGUUUUCCACUCCCUGCUCUUGUGUUAUGUCUGUUUUAACUCCUCGUCUCGUAGUUGACACCCAUACCGAUAAAAAAGUUAGUGAAGCACUACGAUUUGCUAAAAGUUAUCUACAAUAAGGGGGGUAGAUGUGCAUGCCUAUAGAGAGAGAGGAUUUUAACUAAUAUAGGGGAGGGGUGGGCUGCUUUAUGAAUAAAUUUGUGACGUGACGGGACUGUUUAUAAAAACCUAUGAGUUUUACUUAGAGGCUGGCUGGUUCUCUUUGGAGACGGGCUGCUCUCUAUUGUUGUGUGCACUCUUCAAUAAAGAGCUUUGUGUUCGGACCUUGCUGGUGUUGCCUGUCUCUCUCCGGUCAGACAACGAACUGUGAUAAUAAUCGCUUGAUAAUAAGAGUUGGGGAUUGUGGGUUUGAGUCCCCUUUCCACCUAGGAUGGGACAAUUUGGCAGUAAAUGCCCGGCGGACACCCCGUUGUCUCUGAUACUCAGAGAUUAGAAGGAAAUCUCUGGAACUAUUGGGUUAACUAAAUCAAAGAUGAAUAAUUUAUGUCAGGUUCAAUGGCCAGCUUUCACCACUCAUUUGUCCCCGACUAAGGACUGGCCGGCUUGUGGAACUUUUUCCGCAGACAGGAUGGAUUCCUUAAAAGAUAUUCUGGUUGAUCUUAGACCGGGACAAAUGGAUUAUUUGUUGUAUGGUAUAAUUAUAAGCCAAAAGAAGGACGUAUGGCUUUCAAAGCUGUUUGUAUGGAAGAGUCAAGGACGUCCUCUUUCCUCCUCCUUUUCUUAUUCAUCUCAGGGGUCUCCAGCCCCGCUCUGUGCUAUGCCUGCUUCUGCCCCUCCUCCGGCUUACCCUCGGCUUUCUGACCUAUGCCCAGGACCAGCUGCAAGCCUUAAGACAGGACUUCCAGGCAGAAAAGGAAGCACUGGCUAAGCAAGUACCAGUCCUUCAGAGACUUGUCAAAAUAUAACCAUUUGUGCUCAGCAUAUGCCAUAACAACAGUGUGUCUGCCAUAAAAGAAAAUUAAAUAGUUAAACCACCAAUUGGCUGUGCGUUCUGUCCAGGUGACAAGCCUCACGGGGGAGGACUCGGGUAGCCCUUGUGAGUGAGAAUAUUUAAGAGAAGAGACCAGGAGGGCUGGGGGGCUAGUUAAGAAGCCCACCCUUCUUGUUAAAUUGGUAGUGGAACAAAAGCUGGUGCUCAUGGAAGGGACAGUUCAGAGAGAAAACCAGGAUCGGGCCCAAGCGGGCAGGCAACAGAGAGAGAGAUUGGAAAACAGGUUAGAAACUUGGAGGGCAUAGUGAAAAAAGAGGAGUAAAUAAUUACAGGAAUGGGAAAUGUAAAUCCUGGAAUAAUACUUGGACUGUUAAAAUCUGAGUUGAUUGGGGUGUCGUUUUGGAGAAUAAGCAAGUGAUUUAAGGAAAGAAAGUGAGACGUUAACUCUGUAGUUGCUGGAGGGAAUUAUGCUAAAGAAAAAGAAUUUUUGGUUUCUUUGCAGCCAUUCUGAAGGGAAAAUGGGCCUUUUUUUUCAAAGAAAUGUCUGUAAAUAAAUCCAGGCAAAGAGACUAUGUGAUUGAAAUCAUUUGGCUAUGAAAAAUUUAGUCAAAUUAGCUAAAAGAACAUAAGGGGUUUUAUUGGAACUUAACCGCCCAAAUGUAUAAAGGAAUGUAAAUAUAUAAUGCUACUUAAUUAAGAUCCUAUUAGACUCUAAGGGGCUACAAUAGUUGGUGUUUUCCUUUUUAGAGUUGUGUGUUGUGAAAACAGGAGUUAAAAGUAAAAGGCAAUUAAAAGUCUGGUAAAGUUUAUUGUGCCCUUUUUAAAGUAAAAAUCUUUAAGUUGUGGAUCCAAAAGCAAGCGGAAAAGCAUUUGUUUUAAUGUAAAUUACCUAACUGAUAAGGUAAAAGCCACUGAAACCUGGGCUGCCUAUGAAACAAAUACAAGAAAAUAUGGGUAAUUCCUCUGUUUUGCCUGCAAUUAACAAGGGUAUUUAUAUAAAAAGGAAAUAUUUUAAGGAAUGACUGACUGCCCAGAAGGGGUAGAUCUAUGUUCUUUUUGUCUUUCAGAAAAUCAGAGAAAACUGAUGCCAGAUGAAAAGCAAUUCAACAUAUCAUCAAUUUACUGGCACAAUAGGAAUUCUGUUCUGUGUUCUAUGUCCUGUCUUGUGGCCAGAAUUGCUGUGUUUAAUUUUUCAUAGGACAGUUUAGUUUAAAACUAAAUAGAAGGGUUAAAUUAAAAUGCAGAUACUUGUUUUAUUCAAUUUGGAAUACAAAGUGUUUGGAUAAUAUUAUGAAAAUGUAAUAUACUAAAGUUUAAUACAUUUGCUUAAGAAAGAAAAAUAAAUUUCAUUGGCCAGAUCUUUUAAUUGAAAAAAAAUUGUUGUUAAAAUUUACACACCAACAGUCUUUGGAAGCAAGGACAUGAAAGGUUAACCCACUCCCUGUAUUAUACAUGGGAUCCUUCUGGCUACCUCAAAUUGCUAGCCAGAGGGCUGGGGAGGGAGGAAAGCUAUUGGACACCAGAGGUUGUACCAAGUGGACUCCUCAAAAGUGGGUGUGCUUGUCCUGGCUUGUUGCUCCAAAGCUCCCUAAUAAAGUCAUUUUACUAGAAGGGUGUAUGUGGCAUACAUUAAACAAUAAGACUAAAGUGCUGUAUAAUGGGCAAUGUACAUGUGUUCAUUUUUGAACAAAGGUGUGUGAGUGGAAAGUUAAAGUUUUCUUUGCAGGUUAACAGAAGCCAAGAAGGGGAGAAGAAAAAGAACAAAUGGAGGACGAGCUACUUCAACGCGGUAGCUGGCAGGCUCUGUCCAAAGAUAAGAUGCUGGCCUGCCCAAGGACACCACUCACAGCUGGGAUUUGGCUAACAGCCAAGAAAGAGGGGGGCUUGAAUGUGCCCAAGCAUCUGUGAGAUCUGUAAAACACUGAUCCUGUAUCAGUAGGUAACCGCUUGGCCUAUAGAAAAGGAGUACUUGUGGCACCUUAGAGACUAACAAUUUAUUUGAGCAUGAGCUUUCGUGAGCUACAGCUCACUUCAUCGGAUGCAUACUGUGGAAGCUGCAGAAGACAUUAUAUACACACAGAGACCAUGAAACAAUACCUCCUCCCACCCCACUCUCCUGCUGGUAAUAGCUUAUCUAAAGUGAUCAUCAACUUGGGCCAUUUCCAGCACAAAUCCAGGUUUUCUCACCCUCCACCCCCCCACACACAAACUCACUCUCCUGCUGGUAAUAGCCCAUCCAAAGUGACCACUCGCUUCACAAUGUGUAUGAUAAUCAAGGUGGGCCAUUUCCUGCACAAAUCCAGGUUCUCUCACCCCCUCACCCCCCUCCAAAAACCACACACACAAACUCACUCUCCUGCUGGUAAUAGCCUAUCCAAAGUGACCACUCUCCUUACAACGUGCAUGAAAAUCAAGGUGGGACAUUUCCAGCACAAAUACAGGUUUUCUCACCCCCCUAUGAGGCUGCUAGAACCGCUGCCUUACAAAAUACUCAAUUAGAUUUAUGUUCACCUCUUUUAACCUGGCAACAGCAAGCCCCAGAUAGUAAAAAAAUAAUCUGGGAAAAAUGGGGAGCUAAGCCCGAUUCCACGGGAAUGUGGAAGUGUAAUGGUCGUUUUGUUUUACCUAAAAACCAACAGAGUGCAGUGAUGGAACAGAUCCACAAAAAUACGCACUUGGGAGCAAAUAAAAUGGCCCAGAUUAUGUUAAGACAGUUUGUUUCCUCAGGACUUUACGAACUAGCCAGAAGGACAGUAGAAAAGUGUGCUCUGUGUCAGCAGUGUAACCCAAGGGGUGUAAAUAAGCAAGCACCACCUGGGGCGCAGGUGGGCUCACAGGCCUAUGCAGCAUGUAGAUUGAUUUUACUGAUUUACCUCCCUCUGAAGGAAAGCGGCAUUUAUUAGUCAUAAUAGACCGUUGGAAGCUUAUUCCACCGCUCGAGCGACUGCAACUGCUGUAUGUAAGGUAUUACUUAACGAAAUUAUACCAAGAUUUGUCUCCCCCUGAAAUAAUUGACUCAGACCAAGGUACUCAUUUUACAGCAAAAAUUUGUAACAAACUGACCGGUAGGAACAAAAUGGGCCAGGUGGAGCGGAUGAACGGGAACUCUAAAAAAUCUUUUGACAAAAUUAUGCCGGGAACUCAAUAUGAGAUGGACUAAAGUCCUUCCUCUAGCUCUCUACACCAUUCAAACAACUCCGAGUGUCAGAGCUAAACGGGCACCUUACGAAAUCCUGUUUGGACAUAUACCCCCAACCUUCGCUCCUUUGAUAUCAGUUCCCAUUGAUACUGAUAUGACCAAAGCCACAGAGACUUACGUGAAAGAAUUGCAGAGACAUCUACUGACAUUGCAACAAUACUCUGCACACUCCCAGUCCUUACCUUUGUGGGAAGCUGUUCAUUCUUUUUUACCAGGCGAUCCUGUGUGGAUAAAAGCAUAUCAGAAGACUCCGCUUCAACCACAGUGGCUGGGACCCUUUGAAACCCUUCUGGUGAGCCCUACCGCUAACCGACUGAAGGAGCUACCCACCUGGAUCCAUCAUACCAGAGUCAAGAGGAGCACCGCUAGGGAACCUGACCUGUAAAAAGAUUCCCCAGAAGCAGACGGUGUCGGACUUUGAGGAAGCUACGCACGUUCACCCCACCGUGAACUGGGUGAAUCAGAAGCAGACGACAUCUGUGCUCAAGACAAAUGGACUGCUACCCCUUUGGGUGACCUGAAGCUCCGCCUGCAGCUAAAAAAAAGCCUUGAGUUGGUGGUGCCCUCUCAGGGAAGGAUGGCCCUGUUCUCUAAACUGGGUUCUUGUGUUUUUAAUCUGUUUGUUAUUUGUUAUAUAUAUAUAUAUUUUUUUUUUGGUGGUACGGGGAGUUGAGACUAUAGAAUCACACAGUUCUAACACAUUUAUACGUCUUGCCCAUGAAAUGAAAUCUCAUAUGCCAGCCCUACAAAACACUUCAUGCUGGGUGUGCUCAUUAAUACCAGCAGAUAGCCAAAAAAGUCUUCCCAUGGUUCCUAUUCCCCUUAGUGCAAUGAAUAUGACCUGGACCCCAUCCUGAAAAAAUUCUUCAGGCAAUUGAAAUAUUACCUGGGCUGAUACCGGCAUCUCUCAAAGCAGGUAUCUAAUAGUUUGGAAACGAGUUGGUCAAUGGUGCCUCUUAAGAGAAGGGAAAAUAGCUUUGGGUAAUAGUGAUUGCACAGCCUACUUUAAUGGCACUCAUUUCGGGAGUAAAAGAGGUCCUAAUAUCUCUCUCCUGAAUGGGGCAACCUCUUGCACCUCCGCAUGGUAUAGAUUCACGGGUAACAAGUGCAGUCUGCUUGGGGAAAAACAUUUUUUGUGUAAAGAUCAUAAGUUGAUUGAGCAUUACGUUAUAAAUUGUACGCUUGGGUAUAACCUGCCAACUCACACUAUGUGUUUAUGUUCCUCUAAUGCCUCCGCGGCUAAAUUCUUCCUCCUCCCAUCUUGGACCGGUUGGUACGAACGUAUUAAUAAUACCUGGUCCAAAGUCACUCCUACCCUUUUUGGAGUAUACUGGGUGUGUGGUAACAAGGCAUACCUAACCCUCCCUCCUUCCUGGAGUGGAUCCUGCUACUUGGCUUGGUUAGAACCACUGUAGCAUAUCGCACAUGUCUCCCUAAAGGGAAAAUCAGAAAUGUAAGAGGGGCUGAGGAAGAUGCAAAUGACUCUCGCCCCCUUACUUGGCGUGCCCUAAAUGACUGGACGGGUGCUUGUGCAGGAUUUGUCUUUGCCUGUGGAGGUGCCACUUGGCAUAUUGGGGAAGGAGUCAUGAGAAUUCAGGGAGUGUUGGAGAUACUCCAACAAAUGGCAAAUACUACUACCGAUGCCUUGGUAGACUUGGCAACCGAACAAAAAAAACUAAGGCAGAUGGUUCUUCAAAACCGCUUGGCAUUAGAUAUUUUGCUGGCCUCUCAGGGAGGAACAUGUGCAUUAAUUGGGCAAGAAUGUUGUGUAUAUGUUCCGGAUGUUUAAACGCCAUCUGGGAAAGAGCAAACCACCUUAUGCAAGUUGCAAAAGACCAUGGAGGAGAGCAAGUCAACUCAUGGUGGGGCAAUUUGUUCAAUUGGGUUCCAGAUAUAGGUGGCUGGUUACAUAACUUGCUUCGCAGUGCCGUUGUAAUUGUUUGUGGCCUAAUAGUUUUGUAUGUUAUGUUAAGAUGUGGCUGUUGGCUGGGUACCAAGCUGUGCCCUACCAACCAGUGAUUGGUACCCAGUCACUACCUACAGAGGCCAGUAUGUCCCAAGAGUUCCCUUAUGGCACUCUGGGGACAAAGGGGGGAC